ACAUUUCUCUACACCAUCAGCAGUCUCUCUCUCCGAAUUAUCCAUCACUCUCUCUCUCUUUCUAAAAUUCUAUAUCUCUGCAUUUUUACAUGGCGCGUUCUCUCUCUCAAACCCUAAUUCGCACCUCCAACCCCUCUCUCUUCGCCACCAAAUCCCCACCAACCCCUCACGUAUCUCGCAUCGCAACCCUCCGGAAUCAAUCGAGUCAGUCCGGUAACCCCCAAAUUGGGGAUCCCAAUCUCGUCGAUUCCGAUUCCGAACAGCAACGCGAGGCCUUGGCGGUACAGAGGAUUGAGGACGCGAUUCACCGAAUCAUCGCCAAGAGAUCGGCUCCUGAUUGGCUGCCGUUCGUCCCGGGAUCUUCGUAUUGGGUUCCGCCUCGUCGACCGUCAUACGGGAUCGCCGAUUUGGUUCAGAAGUUGGCGAAUACGUUGACUGAAGAGGAGGUGAUGUCGUUGACUAACGUUCGUGGGUGGCCUUCCUCGGCCUAUUUCGUCAGUGAUGCAACUCCCCAUCCAGUGGAGGCAGAGACAACAUCCAGAAACACGUCACAAACUGAGGAGGAUGAUGAUGAAUGACAAUUCUGACAAAAAAAUGCAUCUCGGCUGAUUAACACUUGUAUAUUUUUUAUAUGGCACAAGAAGGAAAAAAGAGGAGAAGAAAUGUAGCGAUGGGUAACUUAGUGGAAGAAGCUGUACAGAUGCAACCUGACCAGCGAGGUGGAAGACAUUUCUUUAGUCUAUGGCCUUAAAAACAACUGUGUUAUUAAUUCUGUUGUCAAAAGAUAUGUUGUUAGCCUGCAAUUUGCACUAUAUGAUAUUCAACCAUGUUGUCCUAUUGCUAUUUCUUGUUGAUAGCCUCUGCUGCUUUUUUUA